GGCUCUCUCGUCCGUCCAGCUACUGCAGUCGGUGCCAUCAAUGCGCGCCUGGCACCCUGGUCUGGCACCUGCAGGUGCCUGAGGACAGCAUCGUCUUCCCACACUCAUCGCCCGUCGCAACUUCCGCUUCCUCGCAACAUCCUCGGACAAGUGUUUGACCGGUCGUCUGCCUGGCGGUUCUUGCCGGCUGUCGCGCUGCCACAGAUCGGCCUUGCCAAAGAGCGCUUCCGACCCCCCUGCGGCACUUGACUGCGUCUCUGGUGAUUCCGGCCUGCCUCAGCCGGGCUCAAUCCAGACUCAUCCUUCCUGUCUUUUCUCUUCCUCUUUUCACUCCGCCGUCACCUCCUCUCAGCAACAGUCAGACUUUGCCGACCUCGCCCAGAUAUAUCUGGCAGAGCCUACUUCGCCACUUCGCUGGGGUCCAUUCAAGGCAUAGGCCGGCCUGCGCUCUUUACUUGAUGCCAGAAAUGUCAUAGGCGCUCUCCCAGUCAUGGAUUUCGGAGACCUGCACGAUCAAGCUUGGGAGUGCCGUGAUGGGGCCGACCAAGCCGAGGCCUACUAUAACCAGCCGCUGCGAGCCAAGAAUCGCGAGCUGCUAGACGAAAACCUCGCCCUCAAGCGCCUCCUCCGCGAAAAUGGCAUCUCGUGGCAGAAUCCGUCCGCAAAGGCUCUUCGUCGCAGGGCCUCAACCAGGCUUCGCAGCUUGGGCUCAUCUGCUACACCUGCACCCCAGCGCCCCUUACCUCAUCUACCUGUAGAGGUUCACUUAAAGAUCCUCUAUUUCGCCCUUACCAGCGACCACCCCAUCAUCAACCCUUUGUGCAAGUCGAAGCCAGAGCAUCUGACGACUCAGGAGCGCACCCGGCCCAAUCAGAUCGCCAUUCACUUCCUCGCUACCUGCAGAGCGUAUCACGAGGAGGGUGCAAGAAUCUUGUGGACCAACAACCACUUCCUCUUCACCACCCCACUGGCUGUCAAGGACUUUGCUGAGGUACCAGCGCAGUUUCGUCGUGAGAUAAAGGACGUUACUUUAAGAGUCGUCGCCAAGUAUUACGACGAUGAAGAUCGUACUCACCGCCUGCCAACCACAUAUCAUCCCGAUUUCAAGAAGCCACACAAACUCAGGAUCCAUAUGCGACCAAAGGAGCGCACCAUGGCAAGACGUGGCUUUCGAGCCUAUGCAUGGAUGCAGCUCAUCGACUUCCUCGAAGCGCUCCUCCCGCCUCACCAGGAGUCUCCACCGACCAGACGAGAGUCGAAGGCUGUUCGCCGCUUGUCUAUUGAUCAACUUACUCCGCGAGCUCGUCUGUUCCCAAACCUUGAGCGACUACGCAUGGACUUUGUGGACUUUGGUGAAGACAUUCUGUCAUUUCCGCCUGGACAAUUACACGACCUCGCGUGCCACCAGCUGGGACGCUCACUGAACGAGCUGGUUCUCACAGGACUUCCAGGCGACGAACCCGGCUUCCGUGUCAGCACUGAGCUGGCUGGGCUCAUAAAGGAUGAAGGUCUUCUCAUUGACCAUGCGCCACUCAUGGCCAGCCAGAAACAAGGAAUUCGCCACUUGCCUUGUGAUGAUGACAAGUGUCACUAUUCUUCAAGGGUGGUCAGGGCAAUGGACUCUGACCAUAUGCGCGGACAUCACCAUCAUGACGAUCACCACCACCAUCACCACGAUGACGAUGACACGAUUGAUUUUCCUACUGCGCCUCCGGAAAUGGGCGAGCCACCUGAACAUAACGCGUUUUCUUGUCGCACAAUCUGGAAGAGGAGACCUGUCAAGCUGGACGACCCCACAGAACGCGAAUGGGAGCUGUAUGACAGGAUCAGCGGCCUUCCUUGGGACGAUGUCGAAGAAGAGGCCACAAUGCUAGACGACAUUGAUAGCGACGGCGAAGGCAUGGAAUGUGACAACUGUGGCAAGACACACCCUGGAGCAAUCCUGCCUCAGGACAUGAUGGACUUGUACGACGAUAUGUAGACAACGACGAACAGAUAGGAGUCUAUGGGCUGGCAUUUGUUAUGGCAAGUGAGCGAACGAUACCCAAUUGCUUUAGGUCUGGCCUGGAUGGGCGAGCCGAUAUCUGCGAGGCGCCGUGAUUUCGAUUCCUGCGGAAAACAUUCGGGCAGCAAAGACGUCCGAGUCGAAAUUUGCCCCGGAAGUCGGACACUGUAUUAGCUUUGCAUGCGAGAGUUAUUCAGAGAGACAAUA